UUGUGUUUAGGCACUGAAAAUCACAAGAAAUUCAUUUCUAUUUCAGGGAGAGGGAGAUAAAGGGGAGAGGUAAAAUGGGCACUAAGAACUAUGCAUUACUUCAAGUAAGUUGCAACAUACACAAACCUUCAAUAACCCCUAUGAAACUUGAUAAUCUAAGAGCUUUGUUGUCAUCAUCGUCUUCUUCUCAAGUCAAGCCAUUGUCAAAGGAGUUGGAGCGCAUUACAACCUUGGUAAAGCAUGUUCCAACUAUGAUUAAGAAGACUUGUGUGGGAGUGUUAGAGGCUUUUGUGGACUCAACUUUUGAAUUUGUAGACCAACCAUUACUCCCCUCGCAGAGUAAUUUUUGUCCGGUGGAAGAGAUCGGAGAAGCUGUUGGGGUGACUACUAUCGAAGGGAAAAUUCCUGAGGAUUUCCCCAUUGGAGUUUACGUAAGAAAUGGCCCAAACCCUCUAUUUGGGGGAUUAAAGUCGACGAAAUCUAUGUUUGGGAAGUCAAGCCACGUUUGGAUAGAAGGAGAAGGAAUGCUUCAUGGUUUGUACUUGGUCAAAGAUAGACGGACUGCUGCCUGGAACAUUUCGUACAAAAACAAACACGUCCAAACAGAUACUUUCAACCUGGAAAAAGUUCGAAAGAAACCAGGUUUUCUUCCCGCAAUUGAAGGUGACUCUCUUGCUGUUGUGCUCGCUUACCUUUUAAAUAUGUUGAGAUUUGGCGAAGUGAACAAGUAUCUAAGCAAUACCAAUGUUUUUGAGCAUUCAAACAAGUAUUACUCAAUUGCAGAGAACCACUUGCCCCAAGAGAUAGACAUCUUUUCUCUUGAAACGCUGCGUAAUUGGAACCUAAAUGGAUCUUGGGAUCGACCUUUCACUAGCCAUCCAAAGAAAGCCCCUGGCACUGGAGAAUUAGUUGUAAUGGGGAUUGAGCCAAAGAAACCCUACUUUAUGCUUGGAAUAAUUUCAGCUGAUGGAAAGAAAAUAAUGCACAAAGCAGACCUCAGAUUCAACAGAUGUAGUCUUUGUCAUGAAAUAGGUGUUACACAAAGGUACAAUGUGAUCAUGGAUUUCCCGCUAACAUUGAACAUAAUGCGACUCAUUAGGGGAGGCCCAUUAAUAAAGUAUGAGAAGGAGGGAUAUGCGAGAAUAGGAGUAAUGCCACGCUAUGGUGAUGCUGAUUCAAUCCGAUGGUUUGAAGUGGAACCAUGCUGUGUGUUUCACGUCAUAAACUCCUUUGAACAUAAUGACGAGGUGGUGGUAAUAGCAUUGAGAGCCUGUAAAUCGGCUAUACCAGGACCUGACUUUGGACUGGACAAAUUUGAAUGGUUUUCCAAAGGCUUUCAGCAUACAAAAGAUCAUAUUGACGAAAAUUGUGACAAAUUUUCUACAGACGACGAAUCAUUUCUUUGUCGCGUGUGUGAAUGGAGAUUGAACAUGCAUACCGGAGAGGUGAAGCAGAGGAUUCUCACCGGAACUGAUUUCUCGAUGGAAUUUCCGAUGAUUAAUCACAAUUUUGUGGGAGUUAGAAACAAAUUUGGUUACACCCAAGUUGUUGACUCGCAAGCUAGCUCUAUUUCAGGGAUCGCAAAAUAUGGAGGGUUGGCCAAGCUAAAUUUUGAGCAUUGGAGAUUUGAAACCUCCAUGGAUGAAAAAGAAUCACAAGAUUUGAUGAAAGUUGAGUACCAUAUGCUCCCAAACAACACAUUUUGCAGUGGAGCUACGUUUGUUCCAAGAAUCGGAGGAGUGGACGAGGAUGAUGGUUGGAUUAUCAUGUUUGUACACAACGAAAACACAAAUAUAUCUCAGGUAUAUAUAGUUGAUGCAAAGAAGUUUUCAAGUGAAGCAGUUGCAGUAAUUAGCUUACCAAGUAGAGUGCCAUAUGGAUUUCAUGGAGCUUUCAUGUCAUUAGACUGUUAACAACUUAAUUAACAUGUUAUAAUAAUCUGUUAAUUAAUGUCAAUAAAAUGUUUGUGUAUA